AGAUGAAGGAUUUGGUCAGGAAGUAAAACGUAGAAUAAUGUUAGGUGCUUAUACAUUAACAGCUGGAUCAUAUGAAAACUAUUUUCUCCAAGCACAAAAAAUUCGUAGAAUUAUACAAUCAGAUUUUGAUAAAAUUUUUCAAAGACAAAAUCCAUUAUCAAUGAUGACAAAAAACCGAGACAAUAACAAAAACAGUAAUUAUCCUCAUCAUCAAUUAGUAGAUGUAAUACUAACACCUGUUGCAAUGUCAACGUCACCAACAUUAGAAAAUUGUCUUUCAAUACCAGGCACUUUUUCUUCAACAACAUCAUCAUUAAUUAAAGAUCAAAGAAACAAUGAUUAUGAUAAUAAAUUUGUAGGUGCAUAUGUAAAUGAUGUCUUCACAGUUCCUGCAAACUUAGCCGGUAUCCCAGCUAUCAGUAUUCCAUUUGGAAAAUCUCCUUUAGAUGGGUAUCCAAUUGGAUUGCAAUUAAUGGCACAAUAUGGUGAUGAAAAUACUUUAUUAAAUGUUGCAAAGGUUUUAGAAGAAGGUGGAAAUGAUGAUG